UACUACUUGUUUCACUUCAUUUUUAUGCGGUCUUUCCAUCCCAAUUCCAAUCUCAAUCUCUUCCCCGCCGGCGAUCGAUCUCUGCUCUUCUCGACGCCGGCAUCUAUUCUCCGAUGGAGGAAGACUUCGCGGGAGGCGCAACCACCGCCCCCGACCCUGACGGACCCGACGGCGUCCGCAUGACCUGGAACUCCUGGCCCCGAUCCAAGGUGGAGGCGAGCAAGUGCGUCGUCCCCGUGGCCGCUUCCUUCUCCCCGAUCCGAUCCUCCUCCUCCCUCACUGUCCUCCCCUACCUCCCUCUCCGCUGCAGGCCGCCUUGCGCCGCCGUCCUUAACCCGUUCGCCCGCGUCGAUUUCGGCGCGAAGAUCUGGAUCUGCCCCAUAUGCUUCUCCCGCAACCAAUUCCCUUCCCACUAUGCCGGCAUCAGCGAGACCAACUACCCGGCGGAGCUUUACGCCCAGUGCUCCACGAUCGAGUAUGCUCCCCCGCACAUUGAUGCCGCCGCACCGCCGCCGCCGCCUCCCGUGUUCCUCUUCGUUCUUGACAUAUGCCUCAUAGAGGAGGAGCUUGACUUCGUCAAGUCCGCCAUGCGUCGCGCCAUCGGCCUUUUGCCCGACCAUGCCCUUGUUGGGUUCAUCACCUUCGGCACCCAGGUCCUCCUCCACGAACUAGGUUUUGCUGAUUUGACGAAGGUCUAUGUGUUCCGUGGUACGAAGGAGAUCACGAAAGAGCAGGUCUUGGAACAGUUGGGGCUUUCGUUCGCUGGUGUUCGACAUGGCUCUGUUGCUCCUGGGUAUCCCAAGGGACACCAGGCUAAUGCGCUGCAUCCUUCGACAUCCGUCAAUAGAUUCUUGCUUCCAGCAUCCGAUUGUGAAUAUACUCUCAAUGCUCUGCUAGAUGAGUUGCAAUUAGAUCGCUGGCCUGUGGAGGCAGGUAAUCGGCCGCUGCGUUGCACUGGAGUUGCCCUUUCUGUUGCAGCUGGCUUACUAGGAGCAUGCAUUGCUGGUACUGGUGCUCGGAUCAUAGCUUUAAUUGGGGGACCGUGUACUGUUGGCCCUGGAAUGAUCGUGUCAGAAGACCAAUCAGAGCCAGUCCGUUCACAUAAAGACCUUGAUAAAGAUGCUGCUCCCCACUUCCACAAAGCUAUCAAGUUUUAUGAUAAUCUCGCAAAGCAGCUGGUUAACCAGGGCCAUGUCCUGGACCUUUUUGCUUCAGCACUUGAUCAGGUUGGGGUUGCAGAGAUGAAAGUAGUAGUUGAAAGGACAGGUGGGCUAGUUGUCCUUGCUGAAAGUUUUGGGCAUCCAGUUUUUAAGGAUUCAUUUAAGAGAAUAUUUGAGGAUGGCGAGCAGUCUCUUGGGCUUUCCUUUAAUGGUACACUAGAGAUCAAUUGCUCAAAGGACAUCAAAAUUCAGGGAAUUAUUGGACCGUGUACAUCCUUGGAGAAGAAGGGCGCUCUCUCUGCAGACACUAUCGUAGGACAAGGGAAUACAACUUCAUGGAAGAUGUGCGGUCUCGAUAGAACUACUUGUCUUACAAUUUUCUUUGAUGUUUCACCAAGUGAAAAAUCAAAUCAAUCUGGAAUUCCAAAUCCACAGUUGUAUAUACAAUUCCUAACCAACUAUCAGAAUCCUGAUGGUCAAAUGAGGUUACGUGUUACAACAGUUACCAGGAAAUGGGUUGAUGGCUCCAAUACAGAGGAAUUGGUGGAAGGAUUUGACCAGGAAACUGCAGCUGUUGUAUUAGCAAGAUAUAUAUCCUUAAAAAUGGAGAUGGAGGAAGAAUUUGAUGCAACACGAUGGCUGGAUAGGUCUCUCAUUCGCAUUUGUUCACGAUUUGGUGAUUACCGAAAAGAUGAUCCUGCUUCAUUUACACUACAUCCAAACUUCUCGAUCCUACCACAAUUCAUGUUUAAUUUACGACGCUCACAAUUUGUCCAGGUUUUUAACAACAGCCCUGAUGAGACUGCUUAUUUCCGUAUGUUGCUGAAUCGUGAGAGUAUCACCAACUCCGUAGUGAUGAUCCAGCCUUCACUGCUUUCUUACUCUUUCAAUUCGCCCCCUACCCCUGCAUUGUUAGAUGUGUCAUCUAUAGCUCUAGAUCGUAUAUUAUUGUUUGAUGCAUAUUUCAGUAUUGUCAUUUUUCACGGUGUGACCAUUGCUCAGUGGCGCAAUAUUGGAUAUCAGAAUCAGCCAGAACAUCAGGCAUUUGCUCAGCUAUUACAAGAUCCUCAAGUUGAUGCUCAAGCAAUCAUCCGAGAACGCUUUCCAGUUCCCAGAUUAGUUGUCUGUGACCAGCACGGUUCCCAGGCAAGAUUUCUGUUGGCAAAGUUGAACCCAUCAGCAACGUAUAACUCCGCCCAUGAGGUUGUUCCUGGCAGUGAUAUCAUAUUUACCGAUGAUGUCAGUCUUCAAGUUUUCUGUGAGCAUCUCCAGAAAUUGGCUGUUCAGUCGUGAGGAGAUAGGUAUGCUUCUCCUUGUUCUAUCUUACUUGGGUUUGAGUUAGAUCAUGGCAUGCGCCACUUCAACUUCUUCGCAUUUGUUCUUAGUUAAAUUCCUUGACCAUUCACAAGGAUGAAAUCAUCCAGGGUUUUGUUGCUCGAUUGUUAAGUUGAGGUGGCGUGUUGGCCUUGUCAUGUAGCGAAACAGAAUUGGAAUAGUCAUGUAGAGUAGCAGUUAAUCCAUAAUUUGCAUGCUUCCAUUUAUCAAGUAUAGGAUAUUCCGUUAUGUUCUUUUUGACUUAUAAAACAUUUGUAGUGCGAAUCUUGAUAAUAAAUGCACUCCUUUGACA